UGAACACUGCAGGAACGGUCACACCACUAUUUACACGCCCAAAAUUUCAAUCAGUUGAAAAGAAACGAAAAAUACAAAUAACAAACAAUAAGAUGAAAACGCUGGAGAAAUGUGUCCUUUCCGUGGUUGUGCUCUGCUGUCUGCUUCAAGUGGGCCAGGCGAUAAAAUGCUGGGAUUGCCGCAGCGACAACGAUCCCAAAUGCGGGGAUCCUUUCGACAAUAGCACCCUGGCCAUUACGGACUGCCAACAGGCGCCGGAGCUGGAGCACCUGAAGGGCGUGCGACCCACGAUGUGCCGCAAGAUCCGGCAGAAGGUGCACGGGGAGUGGCGCUACUUCCGGAGCUGCGCCUACAUGGGCGAGCCCGGAAUCGAGGGCGACGAACGCUUCUGCCUGAUGCGUACCGGCAGCUACAACAUCUUCAUGGAGUUCUGCACGUGCAACAGCAAGGAUGGCUGCAACUCGGCGGGCGUCCAUCGCCUCGGCUGGAUGGCGGUCCUUUUUGGCACACUGGUUUCCGUCCUUGUAGCGCAACUCCUGCGGCAAUAGUUGGAUCUGUCUCCUCCACUUGAAGCCAUUGCCACGUCUCCUUUGCCGCAAGACUGUACCAAGACAAGAAGGGAUUUCUUAAAUUUAAAAGCCCUAUUUUUUGGGUGUAUAUUAGUUAAGAGCAAGCGUGUUGAUAACAGAAAACUUGGUUUUUAAGUUUUUUUAACCCCCUUUAUAUUUUAUAAGACUUCAAUUAGUGUUCGAUAUGCAGGAGUGCCACAAAAUACACUCCAGCGCCAAGUCUUGUAAAAUUUAUAUCGAUGCACAUUAGAAACUCACCCCGAUUCAUCGCGAUUUCUGUGCCACCCCCGAUAGUUCUUAAAAUUCUGGAACUCGGUAAUAGUUUUCUUUCUUUAACGAAAGCAACCAUUAUGGGUUUCAUUUCCAAUAUACUUAUGUGCAUAGAGUAAGAGUAAGCCUAUUGAUUAAUUUUAUACUUCCUAUAAAUUCUGUAGCCUAAAAAAAUAUUUUCAGAGUCCGUUGCUUGACGCUAUUCAACGCCAUCUGUAAAACGCAUACCCCAGUAACCCAAAUAUUUAAAAAACCAAGAUUUUUGUAAUCAAUAUUCGCUUAAACCGUUGGAGUUGCACAACUUUAACUGCAAAGAAACCUUUUGUACAAAAUCCCUGCAUUGAAUUAUGGACAGUCUUGUGUAAAAUGAGCAAAAGGAAUUGAAGUGCCUUUCUGUAAACGACUCGAAACAUAUCUUAAGCCUGGAAAACUAUUUCCGUCCAAAAAAUAUCUUACGCACAUGACCAUCCAUCUUGUAAGCUCAAUAUUGUAAUCUCCGCUAUUUUAUACUUGCUUUUUGCAAUGCGUAUACAAAGAAACACUAGUUUUAGUCGCCAGCAGGAUUACAAGUUUUUAUUUUUAUGAAAAGACAAUUAGAACAUUUUUGUAAUGAAAUAAACAAUUUAUACACCAA